CGAGCUAUGACUUCAGCACAGCCGACCACGAUUCCGCUGAAUUCCGACCUUGUGACCCCAAAACCUACGACCUGCACUGUACAUCCAGCCACAGCGGCAGAAGAAACCGUUGAGAAAAAGUAA